AUGAAUAUUGACUAUUCAGGUGGAGCAGUAAACGGAGAGGAAGAGGAAGUUGUUGUAAUUCAUUGUCCUACUGAUUAUCCCAACGUCUACUACAACGGACAGUACUGUUGUAAAUCCAACAUGGAGAAGUUCUACGAGCCUCAGGGUGCCCAAUGUGACGGCAGUGUGAUUCAGAGAGACAGUUUGUGUUGCGCGGGAGACCAGGCCACGUCGUGCCCCGGUGGAAACUGUGAGAGCAACCCAGCACCCACACCAGAUAAAUGUCAAGCUGGUUCAUAUCGGGACUUUUCUCAAACAGACUGUACAAGAUGUGAACAGAACUACAUCAGUGAACAAGAUGGAGCUGGAGAAUGUAGUCCUUGUUCUCCGGGAACUGUCUCCAACCAACAAAACACUCUGUGUGAUAAAUGUCAAGCGGGUACAUAUCGGGACUCUUCUCUAACAGACUGUACAAGCUGUGAACAGAACUACAUCAGUGAACAAGAUGGAGCUGGAGAAUGCAGUCCUUGUUCUCCGGGAACUGUCUCCAACCAACAAAACACUCUGUGUGAUAAAUGUCAAGCUGGUACAUAUCGGGAGACUUCUCUAACAGACUGUACAAGCUGUGAACAGAACUACAUCAGUGAACAAGAUGGAGCUGGAGAAUGUAGUCCUUGUUCUCCGGGAACUGUCUCCAACCAACAAAACACUCUGUGUGAUAAAUGUCAAGCUGGUACAUAUCGGGACUCUUCUCUGACAGACUGUACAAGCUGUGAACAGAACUACAUCAGUGAACAAGGUGGAGCUGGAGAAUGUAGUCCUUGUUCUCCGGGAACUGUCUCCAACCAACAAAACACUUUGUGUGAUAAAUGUCAAGCUGGUACAUAUCGGGACUUUUCUCAAACAGACUGUACAAGAUGUGAACAGAACUACAUCGGUGAACAAGGUGGAGCUGGAGAAUGCAGUCCUUGUUCUCCAGGAACUAUCUCCAACCAACAAAACACUUUGUGUGAUAAAUGUCAAGCUGGUACAUAUCGGGACUCUUCUCUAACAGACUGUACAAGAUGUGAACAGAACUACAUCAGUGAACAAGAUGGAGCUGGAGAAUGCAGUCCUUGUUCUCCAGGAACUGUCUCCAACCAACAAAACACUCUGUGCGAGCCUUGUUCAGAGGGUACCUACAGAUCUGAAGAUAUGACAGCAUGUGCAGUUUGUGGUCCGGGGAAAGAGAUAAACGAUAACAGAGAUGAGUGUGGUAUGUAUGUAUAA